AUGCAGUUGACUUCUCAGCUGGCUGGAUUUAUGGCAAUGCUACUGACUGAUGUACCUAGUCAGGCCCAGUGGAUUGUUGAAUUGACAAAAUAUGAUUUUGGAGGUGCAACUGGACAUUUAGUCGCUUCUGUUCCUGGAGUUCAUUCUUAUAAAACUCCCUUUAUGUUGGAUUCCAGGCACUUCGGGCUUGUAAGUGCUUUCAUUUGUGAUGUAAGCUACCUCUUUUGCAAUGCCAAAGACUCAAAUGGUGCAAAGCUUAAGAAAUUGGCUUCAUUCCUGAGGAAAUCAUGUGAACAUGCAAAACCUUUAUCAAUUGUUUUAACAAGAAACACAAAUGUUCCUGCAGAAGCAAAUGCAGUGAAUAUUCUUGUUCCUGACUCCAAUGAGGGAGCUGACUCUGUUCAACUUGGCUUCUUGCCAAGAAAUGUUGCAAAAUGGGUCACUCCACUGUGGGAUAUCGGACUCGUCAGCUUCUCUGGUUAUAUCUGUCCUAAAGAAGCUCUUGCAGCAGCUUUAGGAGGAGGAAACAACAAGAAAGGACCCAAGUUUGAGGAUAUAUCAAAGAUCAUGGAAUCUCAACAUAUUUUUGCAUUAUGCUCUCUGAUUGGUGCCGUUCAAAGGUGUACAGGCCUCUGGCGACUGCAGGAGGUUUUAGGUCAGUAUAAAUGGCCCGAAUCACUUGACUCUGAUUUUGUUUAUGGUGAGUGUAUCUUAUCUUAUCUUGAACAAUCUUAAUCUAUUUUAGAAUUUGGAAGAUAUAUAUCAUUAACAAAAAGAGAAACUCCAAAGACAUGUUAUCUAUACUCUUAAAAGUGGGGCUGUUGGAGUGCUAGUCAAGAAUCAAAAAGUCCAUCCAUUAAAAUUGUUUUUCCAACCAUAAAAAGAGUGAAGAAUGCAUGCAAUGGAAUCUUUCCUUCAAAACGCAUUCUUUGCUUCUCUGAGAAAACAUGGCAAAGGCUGAGGACUAUAGACAUACUUCAUGAUGCACUUCCUCACCCCUACGAUAGAGUAGGACAUCCAAUGCACAGCAAGGUGGCACGGAGACGCUUCCACUCAAAGACAGACGGAUCUUCAUUUGGUUGGGUUUAUUGUGGUUCCCAUAAUUUCAGUGCAGCGGCCUGGG